CUCUGCUCACAUCAUCAGCACUUUGGUUUGUUUUCCAUCCACAGCACACCUGACAUCUGAAGCUUAGUGCCAGAAAACAUGGCAGGGGUUCUUCGAUGGCUGUGGAAUCAUAGAAACUACCUGAUCAUCUUCAUCACCCCCUUUCUGAUACUGCCCCUACCUCUGGUUAUCCCAACUCCGGAAGCAAAAUGUGGCUUUGCCAUCAUCCUGAUGGCACUGUAUUGGUGCACAGAGUGCAUGCCACUGGCUAUCACCGCCCUGCUGCCUGUUGUCCUCUUCCCUAUGAUGGGCAUCAUGCAGUCUGGACAGGUAUGUGUGCAGUAUUUAAAGGACACCAAUAUGCUGUUCAUUGGUGGGUUGCUGGUGGCUAUAGCUGUUGAACACUGGAAUCUCCAUAAGCGCAUCGCCCUACGGGUUCUCCUAAUAGUGGGAGUUCGACCUGCUUUGCUGAUGCUGGGCUUCAUGAUUGUGACAGCCUUCCUCUCCAUGUGGAUCAGCAAUACAGCCACCACAGCCAUGAUGCUGCCCAUUUCUCAGGCUGUUCUCAAGCAGCUCAGUACAACAGAGGCUGAGGCUGAUGAGAAAGAGCUCAGGGAAGGGCAGUAUAACCAAGCUUUUGAGUUGGCUGAGGUCUCUGACACCAAACCUCCUUUGGAUGACUAUGACACUGGAGACAAACUAAGUAUCAGCUCAGAUCCAGAGGCAGGAAUCAAUCCACUGUCUGAACACAGGAGGAAGGAGCGUGAGGCGAAGUACCUUCGUCUUUCUAAAGGGAUGAGUCUUUCUGUGUGUUACUCCGCCAGCAUUGGAGGCACUGCCACUCUGACAGGCACCACACCAAAUCUCAUUCUCAAGGGCCAGAUGGAUGAGAUUUUUCCAGAUAACGCUGACGUGAUCAACUUUGCCAGCUGGUUUGGGUUUGCCUUCCCUAACAUGGUGCUGAUGCUGGUGCUCUCUUGGCUCUGGCUGCAGUGCAUUUAUUUGGGUUUUAACUUUAAAAAAUCUUUUGGCUGUGGAACGAAUGAUGAGGGAGACAAAGAUGCGUACAGAGUGAUGAAGAAUGAAUAUAAGAAGUUGGGCCUGAUAUCUUUUGCUGAGGGUGCAGUGCUAGUCAUCUUUGUCUUGCUGGUGAUUCUGUGGUUCACACGAGAACCGGGUUUCAUGCCAGGCUGGGCCAGUGAGCUUUUCAACAAAAAUGGACAGUUCGUCACAGAUGGCACCGUGGCCAUUUUAAUGUCAACCCUGUUUUUCAUUAUUCCAUCUCGUGUAGAGUGUUUCUCUUCAUCCAAAGAGAAAAAUUAUGAAGGAGAAGGAGUAGAGCAGGAAGGAGAAAAACAAGAUAAUGAAGACAAACAGGAGAAGAAGGAACGCAAGAAGCUUGCGGCUCCUCCAACUCUUCUAAACUGGAAAGUGGUGCAUGAACGCAUGCCCUGGAACAUAGUCCUGCUGCUGGGGGGAGGAUUUGCCUUAGCAAGUGGCAGUGAGGUAUCAGGAUUGUCCAUUUGGUUGGGUAAAAGUCUGGCCCCUCUGAAGAAUAUCCCACCCUUUGCCAUCUCCCUGAUCCUCUGUCUGCUGGUGGGAACUUUCACUGAAUGCUCCAGCAACACAGCCACCACCACUCUAUUCCUGCCUAUACUUGCCUCUAUGGCAACAACUAUCGGGCUCCAUCCUCUCUACGUCAUGCUUCCCUGCACAAUAAGCGCAUCGCUAGCGUUUAUGCUUCCUGUAGCCACUCCACCAAACGCCAUUGCCUUCUCCUAUGGCAACCUCAAAGUCCUAGACAUGGCAAGGGCAGGAUUCAUGCUCAACAUCAUCGGCAUUCUGUGCAUCAACCUCGGCAUCAACACGUGGGGAUGGGCCUUGUUCAAACUAGACACUUUUCCUUCAUGGACCAAUGUCACACAUGAAGCACCAUGAAUAACUUUCCAAACAACCCUUUGGUUUAGUGAGUUUACUGAAGUCACAGAGAGGGGAAGACCAUUCAAAAAGUACAAUGAAAAGAAAAAAAGGGUCACAGCAGUUGUAGCAUGCAGCACUUCUCCCCUCAUCAAUGCCCUCUGGAGCAAAUGCUUCGUUUUGUCUCUUACAUCUGCUUUUCACUGUAUCUUCUCAAGAAAUCUUUGUCAUUGUCUGAAGAGGUCAGUAAGAUUUUAUGGCCUCUGAAGUUCUGUUUAAAUCUUUAAAACGUCACUUUCAACAGCACAGGGCAAGUAUGAGGAGUUUGUUAAUGUGAGUGCAUGUAGCGCUUUUGCUGCCCCGAAGUGGUGGAAGUAGGUUAUACGUUAUAAGUUCAUCAGAGAGGGACUGUACAAAGCUUUUUUCUACAUUGUGGCUUUAGUUUUUACAAGUAGCUUUUCUGGUCUUCCAUUUGUGCUGGUUCAUGAAAAUGUAUCUAAUUUAUAGGGUCUUAUUCAGACGUUUUAUAUUAGAUCCCUUUUUGGAUCAUUCAGUCUGUAUUUACUUUUAAAACACUGUUUAAUAUCUGUCAAUUAACAUAUGAUUAACAUGACAUUUCAAUAUUAAGUUAACAUUUUUAUUUUACAUUUUCUCUAUAAGUGCCUCUUCUGAAAUAAAAAAAAAUUGCAAUUAAUUUUUCUGAAAUAAAAACAUCUUGA